GUUCCAGCAUUUGUGAGGAUGAUUGCUCCUGAGGGCUCCCUGGUGUUUCACGAAAAGGCCUGGAAUGCAUACCCCUACUGUAGAACAAUUGUAACGAAUGAAUAUAUGAAAGAUGAUUUCUUCAUUAAAAUUGAAACAUGGCACAAACCAGACCUGGGAACAUUAGAAAAUGUACAUGAUUUAGAUCCUAACACAUGGAAAACUGUUGAAAUUGUCCACAUAGAUAUUGCAGAUCGAAGUCAAGUUGAACCAGCAGACUACAAAGCUGAUGAAGACCCAGCAUUAUUCCAGUCAGUCAAGACCAGGAGAGGCCCUUUGGGACCCAACUGGAAGAAGGAGCUGGCAAACAACCCAGAUGGUCCUCGGAUGUGUGCCUAUAAGCUGGUGACCAUCAAAUUCAGGUGGUGGGGACUACAGAGCAAAGUAGAAAACUUCAUUCAGAAGCAAGAAAAAAGGAUAUUUACAAACUUUCACCGCCAGCUUUUUUGUUGGAUUGACAAGUGGAUUGAUCUGACGAUGGAAGACAUUAGGAGAAUGGAAGACGAAACUCAGAAAGAACUAGAAACCAUGCGUAAGAAGGGUUCCGUCCGAGGCACGUCGGCUGCUGAUGUCUAG